CGAGGCAGUACUUCCGCCCUCACCGAGGCGUCCGUCACCUGGCUCCUCCGUCCUCCCGCAAGCCCAGCUUUCCAACAGUCUUGGCCCUCCGCUGGCCAAUAGGAGCCUGCAGAGGGCUGGCCUCUGCAGGAGCCGACGGUAAUUGGGGUUCGCCACCGGCACGGCGGCCUGGGGCCGGUUUGAACACCCCAGCUCCUGCCAGGAGGGGGUGCACCAGCCUGCAUGGCUGUGGCCUGAUGGGUGUCUCGAUCGCCCCAAAGCGCUUUUUCCGAGACGAGCAUCGGGCAGCCCUAGCAACUCCGCGCUCCCCGGGGUCAAAGGCCCCAGCAGUCAACCCCCAGACGCAGCCCCCAACCCUCAAGUCCCAAUGGGCCCCUCGGAGGGCGCGGCGAGGCGGGGACGCUUCUUCGGCGUCUACCUGCUCUACUGCCUGAACCCUCGGUACCGGGGCCGCAUCUACGUGGGCUUCACCGUCAAUCCUGCUCGUCGGGUUCAGCAGCACAACGGGGGCCGCAAAAAAGGCGGGGCCUGGAGGACCAGCGGGCGCGGUCCCUGGGAGAUGGUGCUCCUCGUGCACGGCUUCCCGUCCGCCGUGGCCGCCCUCCGGUUCGAGUGGGCCUGGCAACACCCGCAGGCCUCGCGCCGCCUGAUGCACGUGGGGCCGCGCACGCGCGGCGAGGCCUCCUUCGCCUUCCACCUGCGCGUGCUGGCGCACAUGCUGCGCGCGCCGCCCUGGGCGCGCCUCCCACUCACGCUGCGCUGGCUGCGCCCGGACUUCCGCCGGGACCUCUGCCCGCCGCCGCCUCCCCACGUGCCACUGGCCUUCGGGCCGCCUCCGCCGCGCCGGGCCUUGGCCCCACGGCGCCAAGACUUACCCUCUGCUGGCACCGAGGCUGAGAGGUGCACCCUGUGCACCCGCGCGCUUCAGGAUGAAGAGGGCCCCCUGUGUUGCCCCCACCCCAGCUGCCCUCUAAGAGCCCAUGUGAUCUGCCUGGCAGAGGAGUUCCUGCAGGAGGAGCCAGGGCAACUUCUGCCCCUAGAGGGCCAGUGCCCUGGCUGUAAGAACUCACUGUUGUGGGGAGACCUGAUCUGGCUGUGCAGGAUGGGCACUGAGGAGGAAGACGAGGAAGACGAGGACUCGGAAUUGGAGGAGGAACACUGGACAGACAUGCUGGCGCCCUGACCUCAGUGUCCACGAUGCCCCUCCCUUUUCCGUGUCACCCCCUGCAGGCUGGGGAGCUUUUACUUGUGUACAAUAAAAAGUCUGAGUUAAGAA